CACUUACCAACCCACACACCAAUCCUUAAUUCCAAAACAAUUCUCUCUUUUACUUCUUUUUCAACCUUCUUCUUACCUUUUCCCUCCUUUUCUCUUCUUCUUUCUCUUGCUUGCCCCCUCCUCCUCUACUCCCCAUGUCUCCUUUCUCAAAUCUUCCUCAGUACUCUCUCUCUCUCUCUCUCUCUCUCUCUCUCUCACGCUCUUCAGAUUGGCCAAUUAUCCACUUUUAUAUAUAUGCACAUAUAUGUAUUCUUUAUAUCCAUCCUCAGAACAAGGCAAAGGAUUGCAAAAUCUAUUCCUCCUCCACAAUAUCAUCUAUCGAUGCUUCUGUAAAUUAAUUAAGAUCCCUCAUCCUGUCGAUCAAGCAAGAUCAUUGAUAUGCUUCUGUAAAUGAAGCUUUGUUGGAUCGAAUAAAGGAAAGAAGGAGGAGGAAAGAAGAAGAAGAGGGUUGGGUUGGCGGCUCAUGCAUAUGGGUGGCAGAGUUAUCUGUUAUUUAGUAUUCUUCCUAUUUGAUCUCUUUCACUCUUCAGGUUCAAGAAUUAUUGCAUUUGGACAUUUUAGCAGACUAGAUCAUGGAACAAAACAUCAUCUUACUUCUAUUUCCAGGAGCCAAAAGGAUAUUACCACUCCGAUAACCACUGUUCCGACGAUCAUUCCUACCGAUCCAACUUCAUCGACUCCCAUUGUAAACCCGAAUUCAGACCCAGAUUCUACAUCGCCGGCAACCAUGACGCCCAUGAUAACACCAACCACAACAUCUUCACCUGGAGCUAGCUGGUGUGUUGCGAGCCCAAGUGCAUCACCGACGGCAUUACAAGUAGCAUUGGACUACGCUUGUGGUUAUGGUGGUGCAGAUUGUUCGGCGAUUCAAGGUGGUGGAAGUUGUUACAAUCCCAAUAGUCUUCAUGAUCAUGCUUCUUUUGCAUUCAAUAGCUAUUAUCAGAAGAAUCCGAUUCCAAGCAGCUGCAAUUUUGGAGGAACUGCGGUUACUACAAGCUCUGAUCCAAGCAGUGGGACGUGUCAGUAUCCAUCGACUAGCACAAGCUCGUCAGUGUUGAACACCACAAAUUCAAACGGGGCAACAGUUUAUGGAGCAGUACCUUCAACCCCCACAACGCCAGCCGCUGCUGCCGCUGCACAAAUUAAUAAUCAAAUUAACUUCAGGUUAAUUACAUGUGCCAUUAUUAUUAUGGUAGCUGCAUCUUUCAUCUAAUUAAUUAAACAGCAAUUUGCUUAAUUGCUUGCUAGUCUAUGUUUUUGAGCAGACUCAGAAGCAUAUAUAUAUAUAUAUAUGGAGAAUUUAGCCACAGCUAGGGCUAGAUAGGUUUUUGUUAGUGAUGCAAGCUAGGGGACAUGCAAGCAGAGAAAGUAAUGCAGCUUGCUUCUUCUUCUUCC